AUGGAGUCCAACAGGAAGCACUUACCGGACCUAAAGGUGGACAGCGGACUGAUCUUCAAGCGCAUGGGGACUCCGAAUCUGGACGAUGAACAGGAAGGAUCCGAGUGGAAGCUGUGGAUCCCACAGAGCCUGACACACAGCUUGGUAGAGCGUGCCCAUUCGGACCCCAAGAGUGGCCAUGGUGGAAUGACGAAGACAUUGGAGACCCUGCGCCGCCAGAUGCAGGUAGGAAUCGGAAAAAGGGAAGAUACGGAAAGGCCACUCUAUAUCGAUUUCCUGGGCAAAUAUCCGAGGUCCAAGAAUGGUCAUUCGUGGAUAUUCAUCGUGGACCAUUUCUCCAAGUAUACCUUCCUGAAGGCCAUGAAGGAGGCGACAACGUUGAACGUAGUGAACUUUCUGGUAAACGAAGUAUUUUACAAGUUCGGUGUGCCUGAAAUAAUACAUUCGGAUAAUGGAAAGCAGUUUACAUCCAAGGCGUUUGAGGAGAUGACGGAUGGCUUCGGUAUCCACCACAUCAAGACUCCGAUAUACUCACCCCAGAGCAAUGCAGCAGAAAGAGUUAACCCUACAGGAGAAGCGCCGUUCUUCACCGUAUUCGGCCAUUAUAUGUUCCUCAACGGUUCCAGCUACAAGCUAGCCAGACAACUCAGGUCUCUGUGCGACCACGAGAUGGCGGGAAUGCAGACCAAGGACAAGUUUCGGGUAAUCCAUGACAAGGUUCAGAAGCAACUACAGGGUGCAUACGAGAUGAGCCGGCAACGCUACGAUAAGCAAGCCCGUACGCUACUCGCCAACCCGGGUCAAGAAGUCUUCCGCCGCAAGUUCGUGCAGAGUGACUUCAGCAAAUCUUUCAAUGCGAAGUUCGCUCGCAAGUUCCUGAAGGCCAGGGUCGUCAAAUCCGUCGGCAACAAUGCAUACUUGCUGGAGGACCUCCAAGGGCGCAGUCUCGGAGUGUAUCACGCUAAGGACAUCCGCCUUUGA